UUCGGUAUUUUGCAUUCUGAACAUUGCGGCGGUCGUGCGGUGGAUUUUGUGGUUCGGACUCUUGUUGAGGAAAUUGGCAGCGAUGUCGACGGACGCAUUUACAGAUGGCGGGAGGCUGGUCAAGAUGGAGGUGGACUACAGCAAAACCUGCGAUGAGAAAAUUCCUCAGUGCGAGGCACUUGCCAAAGCAGGUGACCUCAAGGGGGCACUCGAUCAGUUGCUGUCGUUGGAGAAGCAGACCAGAACGGGCGGCGAUACCCACUCCACCUCUCGGGUGCUGGUGGCCAUCGUGCGUAUCUGCUUCGAGGCCAAGGACUGGGCAGCCCUGUCGGAGCAGGUGCUGGCACUGACCAAGCGGCGCAGCCAGAUGAAGCAGUCGGUGGCCAAGAUGGUGCAGGAGUGCCUCACGUACAUCGACCAGAUGCCCACCAAGGAGAUCAAGCUGGCCUUCAUCGACACCCUACGCGCCGUCACGGCUGGAAAGAUCUACGUGGAGGUCGAGCGUGCUCGGCUGACUCACAAGCUGGCCCAGAUGAAGGAGGCGGACGGCGACGUAGCCGAGGCGGCCACCCUGAUGCAGGAGCUGCAGGUCGAGACCUUCGGCUCCAUGGACAAGCGCGAGAAGGUGGAGCUCAUCCUCGAGCAGAUGCGGCUCUGCCUUGCCCGCCAGGACUACAUCCGCACCCAGAUCAUCAGCAAGAAGAUCGCCCCCAAGUUCUUCGAUGAUCCCAAGCAGCAGGACCUCAAGCUGCGCUACUACAAGCUGAUGAUCGAGCUUGACCAGCACGAGAGUUCAUACCUGGCCAUCUGCAAGCACUACUCGGCCCUGUACCGCACCGAGAGUGUCCAGCAGGACGAGGCGCAGCGCAAGGAGGCGCUGAGGAACAUGCUUCUGUUCCUGAUGCUGGCACCGCACGACAAUGAACAGCACGACCUCAUCCACCGGGCCAAGCUGGACAAGAACCUUGACGAGCUGCCCCAGUACAAGGAGCUGCUGAAGCAUUUUAUUACGCGAGAGCUCAUCAACUGGCGCAGCAUGUGCGAGGCGUACGAGAAGGAACUGCGGCUGCAGCCGGGCACCAUCUUCGCCGUUGGCGACGAGAUGGGCGACCGGCGUUGGAACGACUUCAAGAGUCGUGUCGUGGAACAUAACAUCAGGGUCAUGUCUCAGUACUACACGCGCAUCACGCUCCAGCGUAUGUCCCAGCUUCUUGACCUGUCCGAAAAAGGCACGGAGGAUGUGUUGUCGGAGCUCGUGGUGGCUAACCGCGUGUGGGCCAAGAUCGAUCGGCUGGCGGGCGUGGUGAGCUUCAGCUGCCACAAGGAGCCCAACCAGGUGCUCAACGAGUGGUCGCACAACCUCAACAGCCUCAUGUCUCUGCUCAGCAAGACGAGCCACCUGAUUUCCAAGGAGGAGAUGGUGCACCGGCACUUGCACGCUGAGGCACCACCUGCCGAAAACUGAUGGACACUCGUCUUUGUUUUUUUUUUCCCCCACCUUCUUUUUGUACAUACGAAACAGCAAAAGAACUCCUCGAGUGAAACGUCCGAGUGUCCUUCCUGUCUUCUUCUUUUUUUUUUCAGGCUUGCCACUAAAAAAAAAAUAAUGGAC